AUGCCUCGCAGUGCGAUAGUCAUCCUGCUGUUGGCGGCUGCCACAGCAGCCGCUGCGGCUGCCAAGGACCCCGCUUGCCUUGAUAUUGGAUGGACCACCCUCGCCCGCACUGGGCUGACCUACGGCUCUGGCAUCUAUGGGGCCGCCACUGCCAAGGACGGCAAGCGCGUGCUGGACAUCGUGGCCGCCGACGUGGCUCUCCCCACCACGCCCACCUCCGAGCUGUCCUUCAACCCCAUCGGCGCCAUCCCUGCCACCUGGGCGCCUCCUGCGGGAUACAAGGCGACAGGGCUGGUCAGUGUCUCUCCCGACUUCGUCUCCUUCCACACCCGUGGCAGCAAGACCUUUGUCAUCAACCAUUUUGAGUACCCCCAGCCCAGCAAGAUGUACGUGUCAGAGCUGUCCAAGCCUGAUGCCAAGGGCACGAUUACUGUGGUCAACACCAAGCCCAUCGACGACACAAUGGAUAACGGCCUCAUGUCCAUGUGCAGUGGCUCUCUCGGCGAGGAGUACCCCCCGGACUGCCGCACCUUUGAGCAGCAGUUUGCGAAUUGCAUUACUCCUUCUGAGGCUACCCUGUGCGGCAUGAGCCCGGGUGACACUGGCAGCGCUGGGAGUCUGCUUGACUUUGGCAGGUACUUCGGACUCUUCAGCCGCGGUGCCAGCUACGGCCUGGCCUCCAUUGAUCCUUUGAACAACCAGGCUGCUCACGAUGAGCUGGCACAGUCUUACAAGUGCUACAAUUAUGGCUCCAGCCCUGAGGCCAGGCUGGUCAGCUCUACCGGCGCUACCACCAUCACCAAGUGGCGUACCAUCGGCCGCAUCUCGCACGAGGCAGCGCUGGUCAUGCCUGACAAGAAGACUGUCUACUCGACUGACGACAACCCCAACGGCGUGUGGCUCAAGUUUGUAGCUGACAAGCAACAAAAGCUGGACUCUGGCUCCCUGUACGCCGCCAAGCUGAAGAGCCAGCGCGUGGAGAACGGCAAGCCCACCUGGGACCUGGAGUGGAUCCUGCUCGGCAAGGGCGACCAGGCGACUCUUGAGGCCAUGGCCAACUCCAACCUGAAAUUCAGCGACAUUUUCGAGGUCGCCACCCCUGUCGGGUCUCCUCCUGCGUGCCCCUCGGGCUUCCUGGCGGCCAACACCGUCAACAACCUGUUCCGGUUCAAGGACAACUCCACCAACACCAACUACUACAUCGAGUGCCUCAAGGUCAAGCCUGGCAUGGAGACGGCGGCCGCGUUCUUCGAGACCCGCCGCUACGCCAGCAUGCUCGGCGCCACCGCCGAGUUUGAAAAGCAGGAGGGCAUCACCGUGAGCAAGCUCCACAGCAAGGUCUGGUUUUCAACCAGCGUCAUCCGCAACGGCAUGACCAACUCGCCGGCGUACAACUUCUUGCGCAACGACAUCGACCUGCCUCAGAACAACUGUGGUGGGGUGAUGGAGGUUGAUCUGGAUGACAACUGGUCGGGCACCAAGAUUAGGAUGCUGCUCACUGGUGACAGCGCCGCCAACACAAAUGCAAACAAUGAGUGCAACCUUGACAACAUUGCUGAGCCUGGUUAG